UACGUAGGUAAAGUGUCAAAUUCGCGCAGCAUAUUUUGCGUGUGUGUGUGUGGCUCGGGCCAAGGCAGAUGAAACGGGGAAUUGUAUUAAUCGACAACGAUUCCUUCGCACGCGCGCCUGUUGUUUCGAUCGAACCGUCAAACGGGACGCACAUCGCUCGAUUUUCGACACCAGGACAAGCUUCGAUUCCGUCGGUGUCCGUGCAGAACGCUGUCCCUUCGAAGCGGAACCGUGCGACUAUUUAUCAAGUGUUUAUCACUUGUUUUCGGCGUGUUCGGCUUCAUCUUUGUCGUGUGUAAACCACGCACGACGGUACGUGCUGAUUGUUAUUGUCCCCGUCGUAGCCCAUUCCUAUGGUGUGUAGUGUCCGGUGUACAAAAAUACAUUGCCGCAAAUCAAAACAACCGUGUAGGCAGGCGGCCAUCCGUGGUUGACAGAUUAGCGUUACGGCGCCGUGUGGGAGUCGUGUUCCGGAAAUUGUUGACCCGCCCGACAGCCAUUUCCUUCUUGCUGGUGUAAAAAUUGGUUUGUUUGUGAAAUUUGUGGUUUGUUAGUGGCCGCAGCGGGCUGCCGUACCGCUGUGCAAACAGUGCGGUGUCUUCUGAACGGUUCACUAAACUAAAGCAAGUGCGUUUGGCGAUAAAUUCCAGCACAGAAGCCUAGUAGGUGAAUCCAGGCUUCCUGGUGUCCUGUCUGCUGGCACAGGGCUGCACCAUCCAUCGAAAUUUCGGUGCUGCCUCGCAUCGUUCAUCGUACGAGUGACAGUUGUGUGUGCCGUCAUCCGUUCGGCAGUGGUGUAGUGGUGUUGGUGGUGGGUAUGUUUUUAAUUUUUGCACGGAAGCUGUGACAAGGUGGAAGCAGAGCAAAGUGCGCUCAGAUGGGUAUAAGUGUGUGCAUGUGUGUGUGUGAGGUGGUUUGUGUAUAAAUUAUGAACAUCGUCAUCGAAUAAUAAAAAAGCAAGCGGAGAGAAAAAGUGCUUCAAAUUUAAAUAUAUCCCCAACCGUGUUUAUGUUAGAAUAAUUCGCAACGCGGGCCGGUUUUUCUGUGUUUCCGCGAAAGCGAGAGUGUUAACUUCCCCAUCACGCACAAGCCGUCAACAGUGCAGGUGAAUAGGGUGGUGUGUGUGUGCGUUUGUGUGCGAGAAAAGGCUGCGCGCGUGCGAGUAUCUCGGUGUGCGUUUCAACGAAACGGCGCGUACACACGACGGUGUAGUGUGGGUAGGUAAACAAAAGCAAAAGCCCCCAGAAGUUGUCAGCAUAUCUCGUGCGUGUUAAGGCGAGUGUGUGAGCGAGAGGAGAGCGAAAGAAGAGCAGUGUGGUGUGUGGUGUGGCCAUUGGCCUUUGCCGCUGUGUGUGGUGUUUGUGUGUGUGUGUGAAUGGUCUGUACCGGUGUUGCGAAGGGGGUGAGAAAAACACGCAUGCUGACGAACAUCGUUGUUACGGCGGCCACGAAAUUUGACGGCUGUAUGUUUAUAUAAAUCUGUCGCCACUUAACUGCCAUUUCCCCCGAACCCAUGGACGAUCGAUCGGUGGCGAAUAAUAAUAAUUGACAGCUUGCAUCAAGACGGGCGUGUGAAGGACCUGGCAAGCGAAGACAAACUCUCACCAGAGAUAACGAAAGAUUUGCGUCCUGCAACACUCUGGUGAAAACCUCUUCAACGUAGAGAAGGAACAUCACGUACCGAUCUGCUCGUACCGACUCCCCAAAAACAUCACCUCCCUGCGCCUGGAUACACCUGAGAUACCAACUGCUGGGGAAGCGGGUGAAAAAUUACGAUCCACCGGAAAGUGAACCCACCCGCUCGACCGCCAUCAUCAUCAUCUUCGGUCCAAAUUGCACAUCCCCGGUGUUGUGACGCACGCACGCACGGAACCGCACCCAAGCAACAAUGUAAAUGUCGAAUAACAUCACGUACCUCGCUCGGAUUCAUAGCCAAUUGCGCGUGAUUGAUGCAAGCUCGGUGGCGCACCAGAACCAUGAGACCGGGGGAGUGCCACACCGAACCUAUUAAAAGAAACAUAUUACGUACGAGAGAAUACGGCCGCGUGGCGGAAGAGCGCACGGCGCUACAAAACAUCACACUUUUGCCAAGUGUGUACAUUUCAAGUGCGCUGUGGAUCGACUAGAUUAGAGAGAAACCUACACUCUAGAGGCACACAAACUUCAGAAUCGGAAAAGGUGAUACACCACCAACCCAGCUUUACGUUUCCAGUGAUACGGCGUGAUUAGUUUUGUACUACUGUCGGCAACCACUUGUCCCUCGCGAGGAGGAAUUGGAUAUUGUGAAGGAUUCGAACCCUGGAACGUUGGCGGCGUGUUGCCGGUGCGUAGCGAAGCGGUGGCGUCGUGCUACGCGCGGUCAGUAGUCCCAUCAUGAAAGCAUCGGAAUCGACGGUGAAGCUAUGGAGUGCCACCUCGUCACCAACGGCCAGCACCGAAAACCUGUACGGUCCAGAGUCAGUGCCCGGCGGCGGUACGCACUGGGUGCACGUUGGUGGGGCGGACGGUGCCGGAAGGAGCACGAACGAUGUAACGUCACAGCGUCAGACCGGCGAUCAUCCUCAGCCGACGGACACGACCGGCAUGCGGACGCAUUCGGCGAACGGCGAACACAUCACACUAAAUCUAGCCGGCUGUUCAGCUGAUCUCCGCAGUAUGAAGAGUGCGGGUAGUACUGGUGGUAAUGGUGGUGGAAACGGUGGACGACCACGAGCCAGCAGGUCGGCAGAUCAGCAGCAGCAGCAGCAGCAACAGAGUGCUUCUGCGGUAACGGAAGCCAGCUACGGAGUCAGUGUCGCGCCAUCGGGCGCUGCGUACGGUUUAACUAGUGUAAAUAGCAAUCACGGUGUAGGGCCGCCCGGGUCGAGUAGUGCGAGUAGCCGCAACCGACACAGCGGCGGUUACGGUGCCAGCAGCUACAGUAACGGAAGCAUCGCCGGCUUCAGCGGUAACGGUGGCGAGCGAAGUGCCUGCAUGCCAGUGAUUUCCUUGUGCUACUACGGCAAGAUGCGCAUGUUCGUGAUCCUGCUCGUGGUGACCUUCAUCACCGUGCUAGGGUUCGCACACUACAUGGAUAGUUCGCCGAUAACUAGUCUUAUGCAUCGGGAUGCACGGCCACCGGCGCCACAGAUCCACUGCCGGAUGCUGAACGGGAAAACCGCAAUCGAUGGUGCGCUAACGCCGGAUCACCGGUCCGAGGCUCGGUUGCGCAUCGAUCCGAAGGUGCUGGUCUUUGUCGAGACGACCUACACGCAGCUGGGCAAGAGCAUCACCGAGCUGCUCGUGCACAAUCGCAUCAAGUACAAAGUAGAAGUAGCCGGCAAAAGUCUCCCGGUACUAACGAACCAAGACAAGGGCCGGUACGGUGUGAUCGUGUUCGAAAACUUGGACAAAUAUCUUAACAUGGACAACUGGAACCGCCAGCUGCUGGACAAGUACUGUCGCGACUAUUCCGUCGGCAUCAUUGGCUUCGUGAGUCCGAGCGAAGAAACGCUGGUCGGUGCCCAGCUGCGCGGUUUCCCGCUGUAUGUGCAUACGAACCUGCGGUUACGGGAUGCGAGCCUAAACCCUGGUUCACCCAUCCUACGGCUAACGCGUGCCGGCGAUACAGCCUGGGGCCCACUGCCCGGUAACGAUUGGGCGAUAUUUCAGCACAACCACAGCGGGUACGAACCGCUCGAGUGGGCACAGAAGAACGUCAUGGACUAUCCGACCGAUGGUGUGGCCCAGCCACCGUUAGCCACCGUGCUGCAGGACCACGGACAGCAGGAUGGCAUCCAGCGAAUAUUGUUCGGUUCGGGGCUCAAGUUUUGGCUGCAUCGGUUGCUGUUCCUCGACUCGCUGUCGUACCUGAGCCACGGCCAGCUAAGCCUAAACCUGGAACGACGAAUCCUGAUUGACAUUGAUGACAUUUUUGUGGGCGAGAAAGGCACACGGCUCAAGCCGGACGAUGUGCACGCACUGAUUGCGACGCAGAACCGCAUCGAGGAGAUGGUGCCGGGAUUCCGGUUCAAUUUGGGCUUCUCGGGCAAGUACUUCCACCAUGGGACGCACGAGGAGAAUCUGGGCGAUGAUAUGCUGCUCCGUAAUGUGGCACAGUUCAACUGGUUCUCGCACAUGUGGAACCACCAGCAACCGCAUCUGUACGAUAACGUGACGCAGCUCAUGAACGAUAUGAUGCUGAACAAAGACUUUGCCAAGGAGCACGGCAUUCCGACCGAUUCCGGGUACUCUGUGUCACCGCAUCAUUCGGGCGUGUAUCCUGCGCACGAGCUGCUGUACACCGCGUGGAAGAAGGUUUGGAACAUUAAGGUCACCUCGACCGAAGAGUACCCGCAUCUUCGACCGGCCCGGCUACGGCGUGGUUUCAUCCACCGUAACAUUAUGGUGCUGCCGCGCCAAACUUGCGGACUGUUUACGCACACGAUCUGCAUCGAUAGCUAUCCCGGUGGGCGCGAUAAGCUGGACGAAUCGAUCCGUGGCGGGGAACUGUUCCAGACGAUCGUGUACAAUCCGAUCAACAUCUUCAUGACGCACAUGUCCAACUAUGGCAACGAUCGGUUAGCGCUGUACACGUUCGAGUCGGUAAUCAAAUUCUUGCGCUGUUGGACCAACCUCAAGCUAACGUCCGUGCCACCGCUGCAACUCGGCGAACUGUACUUCAAGCUACAUCCGGAGGAGCGGGACCCGAUCUGGGGAAACCCAGCCGAUGAUCCACGGCACGCGAAAAUCUGGGCCGGUAACAAACGACGCACCACACUGCCCAAGCUGCUAGGACUUGGGCCACAGAAAACGGGCUCAACGGCAUUCUACACCUUCCUGAGCAUGCAUCCAGCCGUCGCGAGCAAUGUUCCGAACUCGGACACGUUCGAGGAGAUCCAGUUCUUCAACGGCAACAACUAUUACCGUGGAUUGGACUGGUACUUGAACUUCUUCCCGCUUCAACCGAACGACACGGACGAUAAGUUUAUGUUUGAAAAGUCGGCCACCUACUUCGACGGGGAGCUGGUGCCGAAGCGAGCGCACGCAUUGCUACCGAAGGCGCAGCUAGUAACGAUACUGAUAUCACCCGCCAAACGAGCCUACUCCUGGUACCAGCACAUCAAAGCGCACGGCGAUCCGAUCGCGAACAACUACAGCUUCUAUCAGGUCAUUACUGCCACCGAAGCGGAACCGAAAGCGUUACGCGAUCUGCGCAACCGUUGUCUCAACCCGGGCAAAUACUCGCAGCAUCUCGAACGGUGGCUCGCCUGCUACCCGCAGCAGCAGCUCUACAUCAUCGACGGAGAACAGCUCAAAUCAAACCCGGUGGCGGUGAUGAAUGAUUUGCAGCGCUUCCUGAAGCUGCCCCCGUUCGAUUACAGCCGCCAUUUGCGGUUCGACAAUAAGAAGGGUUUCUACUGCCAGGUGGUGUCCGACAAUCGGAACAAGUGUCUCGGAAAAUCGAAAGGCCGCCAGUAUCCGCCGAUGGACGAUCGGAGUGCCAAAAUGCUGCAGAAGUACUAUCGCAUUCACAAUCAGGCACUGGUGAAGCUGUUGAAGAAACUAGGCUCACGGCCCAUCCCUCAGUGGCUCAAGGAGGACCUCUCGGUGACGUCUUAACGAACGGUUUGAUGUCGACACGAUGCCUAAGGGAUACGCGACCAAGCGCGAAUGUGUAUUUCACUCUGGAACCGUGUGCGGGUACAAAGCGGGUAAACGAGAUAGGGAAGACAGUGGUAAGGCAGCAGCAACAGCAGCAGCAGCAGUAGCAUCCGUUAAGCAUAGUAGUAACUGUACAGCUUGUAAAAAGUAUCACGUGGAUGGGCUCGCUUUCCAACGCGAGAUGCACUACUAAGACGCGUAAGGUUUUAGCGGUAGAGGAGUUUAGUCGCCAGUCAGUCAGGUUAGUCAGAGCCAGUCAGAAUAUUUCCCCCGCCGCCGCUGUCCAUGAACCGCUGUGAUGUCAGAGACGAGUGUAUCAUACUUUUACUAGUAUUAGGUGGGUUCCAUUCGUUGGUUUGGUGGGCAUAUUGUAAAUCGAGCUCAUCUGGAGCCGCAUGCCAUAGCGCGCUCUCAAGUUUAAAGCUGCUUCGUUUCCUUUUGACAAUCCAUUCCAACAGUGGAUGGGAAGGAUUAGUUUCGUUUUUAAGACAGAUACCUCAACCCGUUCUUUUAGUUCGGCAGCUCGCAGCAGCAGCUCAUUCGCAGCCUAGAUACUUGAGAGCUAGUGAUUAUUUAGUUAGGUUAUGUUCUUACUGGAUCGCCCAAUUAGUUUGACGAGCAUACGGUACACUCUAUCGUACGCAAGCUGCUUAGAAGUGAUCCAGGAAGAUGAGAUUGGAGGUGGAAGCGAUGCAAAAAAAAUGCAGAGUACGAUGCAGAAACGAUGCAGCCAUCUAGCCAUAACUACAUGUAAGUGAUAUUAUUAUUUUCUUCCCUUAUCCUUCUUUGUUUUUUAAUCACACAACUCCACUCGUUAGUACAACCGGAAGCGGUAAUGUGACCCACAGUAGCAUACUAACUAAUCGAUGGCAACCGUUGUUUAAUUUAAGUGUAAAAAGCCCACAACCCAAAUGCUCGAUAUUUUAACUGUUAGUGUGAUGAUGCGAGGCGGAGAAUGAAACGAGCUAAUCAAUAUGCCAGUACUUACAGCAGCUCUCAGUUUUGGUUUGUCAUAAUUUAUACCCGUACUUACUUAACUAUUUUAAUGUCGCAUCAUGAAACACACACUGUGUACAGCUUCUUUGAGCGAUGCAAUACAAAACCUUGCUUGGGGAGCGAUGGACAUUUCAAAGCAGAAAAAAAAGUUUUCAAUUACUAUUUCGUGUGUGUGUAAAUUGAUGAUGUGGAAUAUGUAGGGUGUUAAGAAGAAGUCAACCAAAAACAAAAACAACAAAAAGAAAUUUAUGAAAAGCGACAACACAAAUUACAAAUUGAAACCCGAAAGCAAAUUAUUAACAUAUCGACAACUGACAAAAGAAAUCUUAAGUGAGCGAGAGAGUGUAAAGAACAUACAAUAAAAAUACUGAUGGUUUAGAAUAAUUGCAAGAGUGGAAGAGAAGAUUAGACAAAAGUUUAAUAAUUAAAUUCAUGCUGGUGAAAAAAAAAUGUUCGAUUUGUUUUUGUGUCUGGCAAAGGAAUUAAUGAAUUGAUACGUUUCAACCCAACUUAAGGACUUAACUUACUCGAGCAAGUUUUUCGCAUCAUGCGUGUGUCAUCUUUUGCGUUGCGAAUGUAUUGAAAGUAUUGCAUAAAAAUGCUACAGCAAAACCAUAACUUGUAUUCUGAGUUCUCUCGAACGUUUGCUGGGGGCGCAGUGUAAAGUACCUAGAUAGGAUCAAAAGAAAGUGCUGGCAGGUGAGAGAGGGCCCGAAGCCUACACAACCGUUGGAUGUACGCAUACGGGCCACUAGCAAUAAGUAAAUGCGCGUUGAGUCAGGCAAGUCAGCAAGUGUACCGAGUGCGCCAUGUUUGCGCGUAUUAAAGCAGCUUGUACAUAGAAGGCAGUAUCGGGAUGGAUAGUAGUACCAUGUAAGAACGAUCUGUGCAAAACCUGACCUUGGUCUCCCGGUGGUCAUUUCAGUCAGAAGGGUAGCGUGUAAAAAAAGAAAUCGGUACGUCGUCGAUACAUCAUGCGAUGCGAUACAAACAAUUUAUCACAGCGUUCAAGUUCGGCUGACUUGAAAUAAAAAAAAGCUCUUGUCCUAAUCCCGUCAAUGUUCCAAAUGGGAGGAAGACACCAUCAUCAUUGCGAAUGAAA